UAAACUAAACCAGAAAGGAGGUGGAGCUGACUUUAACUUGUUGAAGAGCCAUGUGAAAGAUUAGCUCUCAAGCGAACAUUUACUUGAUCAAGAAUUAUGAUACGUGAUAUUAGCUCAAUCCUCAUACAUGGUCGUUUUUGACAACUAUAAAAGGAGUUGUUAUCAAUGACAAUUUCAUUCCCAAAGUAGCAAACUAGCCUUUAACUAUGAAGAAUCAACUCGGGUCUUGCUCGACAGUUCUACAGUUACCAAUGACUCCAGUCACGAAACUGCUUUUUGUGCCAAGUUUACUUCUGAUGCUUGUUGCUGUAUCAGAGGCAUCUCUAUCAGGCAUGGUUAGCGCCCCAAGUUAUGCAAGAUGCAUGAUCAAGAGAUACAGGCAUUGCUAUAACCUGGAGCAGACUUGCCCUUCAUUCUGCCAUAAUGGAUGCGUCGUCGAAUGUGUCUCUUGCAUGCCUAUGUGUGUUGGAGACUCGAGCCCGACCCUAGGCUAUUCUAUUUCUUUGCCAAACCCUCUCACUCUUCUUCCACUAGAAUUCCCAAAAUCUCAUACCCGUUCUUUGCUAAAUGUUUAUCCAUCAGAGUCCGAUGGCAAUGAUAGCGGAAGUCCACCAAAAUCUGAAGGAUCUAAUGAAAAACCAUCACCUUCAGAACAGAGCGGCGAUGAUGGUGAUGAAUCUGAAGGAUCUAAUAAAAAGCCAUCACCUUCAGAACAUAGCGGCGAUGAUGAUGAUGAAUCUGGAGGAUCUAACAAAAAGCCUUCACCUCCAGAAGACAACAAUCAUGAUGAUGAAUCUAACAAAAAGCCUUCACCUCCAGAAGACAGCAAUCAUGAUGAACCCGAAGGUUCUAACAAAAAGCCAUCACCAAAAUCUGAAGGAUCUAAUGAAAAGCCAUCACCUCCAGAACAGAGCGGCGAUGAUGGUGGUGAAUCUGAAGAAUCUAAUGAAAGGCCAUCACCUCCAGAAGACAGCAACGAUGAUGGAUCUAACAAAAAGCCUUCACCUCCAGAAGACAGCAAUCAUGAUGAAUCUGAAGGUUCUAACAAAAAGCCUUCCCCUCCAGAAGACAACGGCCGUGACAAAUCUGAAGGAUCUCACAAAACGCCUCCACCAUCAAAUUCUGAUCAUCCACCAUCUCAAACCCCUCCAAUUUAUGUAACUCCGCCCUCAACUCCAUCAUCUUCGCCAUCAUCACAUUCACCUCCUACUACCACUCCAUCUUCACCGCCAUGGUCAACACCUUCACCAACACCUCCUACCACCACUCCUACUUCGCCUUCACCUCCAUCUCAAUCCACACCUUCUCCAACACCUCCUACCACCACUCCAUCUUCACCUUCACCAACACCUCCUACUACAACUCCCUCUUCACCUUCACCUUCACCUCCAUCUCAAUCCACACCUUCUCCAACACCUCCUACUACCACUCCACCUUCGCCUUCACCUCAGUCUUCAUCAACACCUCCUAACACUACUGCUUCACCAUCUACACCUACUCCAACACCUCCUACAACACCAUCUAAUCCUUCUCCACCAUCAACUCCUACUCCAUCUCCACAUACUCCCACUCCACCUACUUCCUCUUCUCCCCCUCCAUCUACUCCUUCUACCUCACCCAAGACAGCCCGGUGUAAAAACAAGUACUACCCCAGAUGUUACAACACUGAGCAUGUGUGUCCCAGUGCAUGCCCUGCUGGAUGUGAAAUUGAUUGCGCCACUUGCAAGCCUGUUUGCAAGUGUGAUAGACCAGGAGCAGUGUGUCAAGACCCUCGUUUCAUUGGUGGUGAUGGCAUUACCUUCUACUUCCAUGGCAAGAAGGACCACGAUUUCUGCCUUGUAUCUGACCCGAACCUCCACAUCAAUGCACAUUUCAUUGGAAAGCGAAAUGAGAAACUAACGCGGGACUUCACUUGGGUCCAGUCCAUUUCUAUCUUCUUUGACAAACACCAACUCUUCCUUGGUGCACUUAAAGCAUCUACAUGGGAUGACUCUGCGGACCGCCUCUCUCUCGCUUUUGACGGAGAGCCCCUGAACUUCCCAGGCAAUGAAGGCUCCAAAUGGCAAUCCACAAGUGUGCCAAGUGUAUCCAUCACUAGAAUUAGUGACAGCAAUAAUGUCGUAGUUGAAGUUGAAGGACUCCUAAAGAUCACAGCAAAGGUUGUGCCUAUAACUGAAGAGGAUUCAAGAAUUCACAAUUAUGGCAUAACCAAGGACGAUUGUUUUGCUCAUCUUGAUCUUGGUUUCAAGUUUUACUCUUUAAGUAACGAAGUCGACGGUGUGCUGGGCCAAACAUAUAGACCAGGAUAUGUGAGUCGUGUAAAUGUGGGUGCGAAGAUGGCUGUGAUGGGAGGAAACAAAGAGUUUGCAACUUCAGGCUUAUCCAGCCCAGAUUGCGCUGUAGCCCGUUUCAGAGGUGGUAAUGGCUUUGAAGGGGCAGGCUACAUGGGGAGUCUUGAGUUACCAAGCAUGAGAUGUGCAAGUGGGAUUGAUGGUGAAGGAGUUGUGUGCAAGAGAUAGGCUUAAUUAUGAAUCAAUUAUGAGCCGCAUGCAUUAAUACGAUUGAUAAAAAGAAUAAGGUUGAAAAUCACUGGGGAUAAAAAUAAAAUAAAAAAGAAACCCUCUUGUACUGCACAUUUAAAAGCUUCAUGAC